ACCUGUAAUGCUGCAGACCUGGAGGGCCUGAGCAGCUCGGAGGCAGCUAAGGUGCGUGUACUGGAGACGAGGCUGGACGAGAUGCAGCGCGGGCUCUCCAGCGACGCGUCCGAGUUAAACUCUUCACUUAUACCUGACGCCGCCACCAAUGAUAAAGUCCAGGGUCUAGAACAGCAAAGAGACGAGCUGCAAAAGCAACUCAGCGAACUAACCGACAAGUUUGCAGCAGCCGAGGCUGAAAAAUCAGCGCUACUGAACAACGUAGUCAUGCAAGAGCAGAAAAUAAAGUUGCUGGAGGAGAAGCACGAGCCAAAUGUUACAGCUUUGGCCAGCGAUGAGGUUUCAAGGGCAAGAAUUAAAGAAUUGGAAGCGUUACUUGAGGCAAGGAAAUUGGAACUGCUCGAAGAAGUGGACCGAGCCAUUGGUCUUGAUGCUAGAGUCAAGGAACUGGAAUUUAUUAUUGAGAAGAAGACAGAAGCCAGUGACUGGACAAAAGAAAAAGAGGCUCUGGAAAUUGAGGUAGCUGCGCAGAAAGGAAUGUGUGGUGAAUUCGAGAAAAAGUUGAAAGAGUUGGUUGAAGAAUUAACAAGAGAAAAGCUAAGAAGAGAGGAGCUAGAGCAACGUUCAAGAGAAUUAGAGAUAUGCUUGGAAGAUAGCAAGAAAGAUGUUCUGGAAAACGCCGUUUUCAGAGAGAAGCUAGAAAUAAAUUGCCGUGAUCUACAAGAGAAAACAAAAAGAAUUCAAGAUUUAGAAAGUGAAGCCAUUGCUCUUCAAGAAACUCUUAAGAAGAGUUCCUCCGACUCUAGUGAACAGAUCGUCAAACUUGAAGCAUCUGUUGGUGAACUCAAAAAUCAACUGCAAAGCUUGCAAGAUGAACUGAACUUGAAAAACGAUGAUAUUUCCAAGCUUAAGGUUGAAGUUUUAGCCAAAGAUGAAGCUGUGAAAGUUGAAAUCCGAAAACGUGAGGAAGAUCAAGUGAAAGGCCAAGGCGAUGCUGAAAAGCUUUUAAAGGAAAAAGAUUCCUUGCUGAAGUGCAAGGAUCAAGAUAUUGCCAAGUUUAAAUCUGAAAUAGAGCAACUGGUGAUGAAUUUAGCGUCUAAAGAGACAUCCGUCAAAGAAUUAACCAUAAAUCUUGAAGGCAAAGAAACUGAACUGAAAUCUAAGUCUGAAGAAAUUUCCGUGCUAAAAAGUGAAGUAUCUGAAUUGAGCAAUAAAAAGACAAAUGCCGAACAUAACUUAGCCGAGGCCGAAAAGACUCUAAAGGAGAAAACUUCAACUAUUGCAACCCUAGAAAAACGUUUACUAGAAGAAGAAACCCGUACGCAAGAGCUUUUAUCGGCAUCCAAGGAAAAAGACGAAGGUUUCGAAGAAGAGGUGAGCAAGAAAAAGAAAUUAGAAGAUCGAGUCUCGCAGCUUGAAGUGGACUUGAAUCAGAAGGCAGAUGAAAUCGGUGCGCUGUCUGGUAAAGUCCUUGAACUUGAGUUGAAAAAUAAAGAAAUGACUCAAUUGGUGGCUGAAAAAUGUCGUACUGAGGAACAAAUAGUCAAGGAACACAGUGAAACUCAUGAAAAACUAGCGUCAGAACGAAAAGCUCUUGAAUUAAAAGUCGAGAUUCUCCAGAAAGAGUUGGAAGAUGAAAAAUUUUCCAAAAAAGAAAUUGAACAAAAUUUUUCAGAGACUUCAUCCCUGCUUGCCACUGCAAAUCAAACCCUGACGACCACCAAUGAAGAAUGUAAAAGGCUUGCAGAUGAGGUUACUAAUCUGAAGCAACAAUUGGCUGAUAAGGCGAAGGCUCUUGAUGAACUAAAAAGCAACGUGUCAACGAUGGAAGCAAAUUUGACAAAAUCUCAAGAAGAAAAUGAUAAGCUACAGCAUAAGAAUGAAGACCUUCUGCAAAAUAUUGGCAAGCUUCAAGAGCAGCUUGACGAAAAAGCAGAGAUUCUCCAAAAAGAGGCUACCGAAAAGGAGGACUUAUCAGCCAAUCUCAAAGAAUCCCAGAACAAACUUGAGGAAUUGUCAGAAAACUUGAAGAAAAAGUCCGAAGAUUUUGUUGAACUCGAAUUGAAACUUAAGCUGAACCAGGAGCAACUUAAAGAUGCCGAAUCAACUUCAGCUACUCUGAAGGGUGAGUUGAAUGCCGUCGCCGAUGAGCUGAGCGCUGAAAUGACAGCUCGACUGGCUGACGCUGAAGUCAAAAAGCAAGAGCUGCAGGAGGCGGCAAAUAAGAGGGAAUUUCUGCUGCAGGAGCUGGAGGACCAAAAACAGAAGCAUGCAGACGCUAUGGGUGCCAUGGAACAACAGCUCUCAAAAGUCCGUGAGGAACUGACGGCCUCUGAAGCUGAGGCGGGAGACUACAAGCGACUGCUGGAGGCUGAGCAGAGCAAAGUCGCUGAGCUGCAGCAACUCAAGCAGAACAUAUUUGGCCCUCAAAUUUAUCAGGAGAAGGACGAACAGCUCACGGCUGCUCGGGAUGAUGCCAGAGAGAGGAAGAUGGAGAGAGACAAGGAGAAACAAGAUAAGGAAAAAGCACUCAAAGAAUUAGAAAAUGAACGAGCUUUGAAAGAAAGCUUACUGAUUGAGAAGAGAAAACUGGAGAGUGGUAAAGUUGAAACUGACAAGGAACUUUUGGAGACCAAAAAGUUACUGGAUGUUCUUAAAAUAGAGAAAGAGGAUGCGCUGAAACAGAAAGAAAGUGAGAGAGAAGCUCGACUUUUACAAGAAGAAAAAAGUUCUAAGAGAGAAAAAGAAAUUGAAAAAUUAAAAGAAGAGAAGCAAGUAGAAAUAGAAGCGCGCGAAAGAGCUGAAAAAGAAGCCUUGGAAUCGAAAAAAGACUCAGAGAAGGAAUUAACUGCUAGAAUACAAGCUGAAACUGAUAAGUUAGAAGAGUUGAAAAAAUAUUCCGAAGAACAGGAAAACAAGGCUGCCACAACCGCCAAGAAUUGCGUUGCUCUUGAAGAAAAGAUACAAGAGAUUCUCGCCCAGGUUGAUAAGGAGAAGUCAGAAAAACUUGAGUUGAAAACUGAACUUGAAAAUCAAAUAGCGAUUUUGAAAGCCCACAAAGAAUCUGUUGAGCGUGAAGUAGCUGCUAAAGAUGACGAGGUUUUCAAGUUAAAGGAAAACUUGAAAUCAGUUACUCAUUUAAGCAAUGAAUUUGAAAUGAAACUGAAGGCAGCUGAAGCCGAGAAACAGUCUGAAAAUGAGAAACAUUCUACGGAACUUAAAAGGUUGGAAAAAGAGAUACAAGAAAAGGAAGAUUCUCUGAUGAAAAUGAAACUUCAAGUGGAAGAAAAAGAUGUCUUAAUUGCAGAAAAAGAUUCCCUUCUCAGCGACAGCGGCGAAAUAGGAGCUCAGAAAUUGACUCUUGAAACAGAAAAGCAAGCUCUUCUGGAGAAUCUUUCACAGGUGACUAGCGAGACCGAAGAAUUUAAGAGGAUAAUUCAGAAACUUGAGAGUGAAGUUAAUGAGGUGAAAUCGGAGAAAAUUGAACUGAACAGUCGAUGCUUGGAACUGGAAAAAUCAAACACUUCAUUAGGAAAUAAAUUGAAGGAUAUUGAAACGCAGUUAUCUUCUUCUCUCGAUGAAAUCGCCUCGUUCAAAGCAAAGGAAGAACAAGUGAGAAAAGACGUGGAAACAAAGCAAUUGAAAAUUGUUGAGCUUGAAGGAAAUUCUGCUGCAUUACUUACUGAAAAAAAUAUUUUGGAUGAGAAGGUCAAGAAAUAUAUUGAUGAUUUGAAGAACAAUCAAGAGGCUAAAAAUAUGCUAGAAGACGAGAAAAAAGUUUUAUCUGAAGAAAAGACCAAGCUUGAAAAACAAUUAUCUGAAGCAGAGGGCAGGUAUUCAGGUCUGCAAGAACACGUUACUGAACUUACCGCUAAACACGCGCGUGAAGUCGAGUCGCUUAGAAGUAGCGAGUCUGAUUAUGUUUCAAAAAUCGUAGCCGAAAAGACCGUGCUGGAGGAAAAUUUGAGACGCCUAACGGAAGAACACACUUUACUGGAAAGUAAUCUUGUAGAAUUGAAACAAAGUUUUUCGACUUCAGCGACGGAGAUUGAGGAUUUGAAGGGACAAAAAAUUAGGAUUGAGGAAAGCCUAGCAGUUUUAAUAACUGAGAAAACUGCGCUGGAGGAGUCACUUGUUGCUUUAACUGAGAAAAAUCAGAAGCUUGCUGAAGACCUGCAGCUUCGGGAGACUACUGAAGCUGAUUUAAAAAAGAAAUUUGAAGAUGAAAUCCGCAAAAAUUCUGUUCUACUUGAAGAAAAAUCACAGGUUGUUGAAAAACUUGCUAAGACUGAAGGCGAAAAGUCCGUUUCUGAAAUCGAGAAGAAGUCGCUGCGUGAUGAUAAACAGAAUUUAUUAGAGAAAAUAAAGAUUCUGGAUGCCGAGGUUUUUGAACUGAAGAAAUCUCUGGGAUCCCUUAAUGAAAUGUCAUCCGCUAAUGCUCUCCUUGCUGAGAAGGUUGACAUGAGCGCUAAAGAAAACCAGCAACUACAGCAGAGCAACGCGUCUCUGCAGCAGGAGCUAGAGGCGACACGAGCGCUGCUGCAGGAGGCGCAGAAGGAGCUACAGGAGCUUAACGAGCGCAGCAGAGAUGACCAGGCCGUCAGAGACGAGCUUGCUAAAGAAAUCGAAGAUAUCAGCGCCAGGAUGAACAGCAAAGUCGAGGAGCUGGAAACUGAGAAGCAGAACCUGGUCGAAGAGAUCGUAGCUCUGCAAGAGCUGCUCAGUGCAGCAAAGGCUGUUGACCUGCGGACGGCGCAGUAUGAGAUCGCGCAGAGCGAAGACGACCGCGCGGCGGAGCGCGAGGCGGAGACCGAGCGUAGCAUUUACCCACGGAAAUCAUCCUUUGUGUUCAACACAGACUUGAACCCCGAAUUUUUGUUAAACAUUAGUUUCUUUCGAAGUCGAGUAUAG